AUGACCAAAAGCAAUCUGAACGGUUCCACCUCGUCAUUUGAGACGAAGCAAAUCAAGUCUUUAACUCAUCAUAAAGACUACUACCUCGUCGGAGGAGAUCUUUACAUCAUGAUCGAUACUACAAUCUUCAAGAUUCAUUCAUACUUUUUCCGCAGGGAAGCAAAGAAUUUCUAUUCCAACAUCGAUCCGAAGUCGCCUGGUGAUGAUACGACAAAGGGGUUGACUGAAAACACUGCUAUCAUCAUAGAAAACGCGUCUGUAAGAGAGUUCGAGCGGUUCUUGUGGAUUUUCUACAACCCCCUCUACGAUAUCUACAGUGCAGCCAUCUCGGACUGGUUCUCCAUUCUCCGUCUCGCUCAUGAGUGGGACUUUCCGCAGGUCAAGCGCUUUGCGCUUCGAGAGAUCAAACGCCGCGAGGAUGAAAUUGACGUCGUCCAACGCAUUGUGCUGUACCGAGACUACAAGGCCCCUGAGGAAUAUCUGGUCCCCCUGUACGCCGAGCUGUGCGCCCGGCCGUAUCCUCCCACCAUUGAUGAGGCGGAGAAAUUGGGCCACGAAACUACGUUCAACAUUUUCAGAGCACGAGAGCAAAUAAGGAGCGACGGCAGCGUCAGUCCCUUACCAAAGGGCAAAAGCGCUGUUGAUACCUAUCCGACGGUAGCCGAGGUUAUGGGGGUUCCAGAGUUCAAGCCUGAUUUCGACUUGGACGACAAUUCAAAGUCCUCGAACAGAUUUCAUAAGAACUCGAACGGGCGCACCAAGGUGAAGCCUGAUACUACGAAGUCUCCGAAAGGGUUCUCCUUGGGAAAUUCAUGA